AUGGCUUAUUCAUCAAGAAUGAGAGAUGUAAAUGAUCAAAAUGAAGCUCAACAACAGUAUCCAACUAUUUCAAGACUUGUCAAACCAUCGAAUGAUUCUAAUACAGCUGGUAGACCAACUACGGAAAGUCCUUAUACAAGUCGAAGACCCAACGAUAAUCGAUAUUCAUCGGAGUCAAUAGGAACCAAAGAUAGUGCUUAUGAAAGUACAAGACGAAGUGAUGCUGAUCAAUAUUCAAUUAAACAAAUCGUUCCUACUGGUAAUCGUCAAGAUAUCAAUCGACCAACUAGCAAUUAUGAAUCUUCAAAACAAAUACCAACAGCUCAUGUUACUGUUGAUCCAAUUCGUCGUCCAAGUCAUGGUAAUGCACGUUCAUGUGUUAUGGAUAUCAAUAUAAUCGUUAGUUUCGGUGGUGAUCGAACUGCUCAAGGAUCAUAUGUAACAAAAACUUAUACGACAAAACCACCAGCUAUUCGUUCGACAGCAACAAUUGAUGAUGUUCAUUAUGUGGACUUACGUUUUCAAACACCACAAAAUACGGCUCAACUUCAAACGGAUGGUAUUUUACGUUCUUCACCAUCGCAAAAUUCAACUGGUUUUUCGAGAGAAAAUGCCUAUUAA